GGUAUGGGCAUGAAUGCGGCUGGCGCAGCUCGCGGCGCAAGAACGAGCAGCAGUGCUGCUAGUUCAUCAACGGCUCGGAGCCCGCUGUGCGUCAUGGUAAGGGCGGAGGAGGUGGGUGAGGGUGAGGGUGAGGGUGAGGGUGACAAUGGGAGCGAGAGUGACGAUGAAGCAGAAGCAGAAGCAGAAGCAGAAGGAGAAGGAGAAGAAGAGGAGGCGGGGAGUGACGGCGUUGACGACGACACCACCACCACCACUACACCCCCCAGCUCUUACACAAAAACACCGCCACACCCCCAAAACCCACCAUCCUCAACCCUCCCCCCCACGCCCCCGCGCCCCAACCACCACAGCCAACACAACCCCCUCCCCCACCCCCAACGCAGCUCAGAAACCACAGUCUCGUCCUCAUGUCGCAACCGCGGGUCCGGUGACUCGGACGAGCUGUCCCUCGUCUUGGCGAUUUUGGAGGGGUAUGGUGCUGACGAGGAGGGAGAAGGUCGAGAGGGAGGGGAGGGGGUGGGUUGGAAAGAUGGGAGAGAGGGGGUGGGUGAGGGCAGGUCGUUGCAGAGUACGGGGGAUGUGAUUAAGGGGUAUGUUUCUUGUGGGGGGAGGGCGUAGGCCGUUCUGGGGGGUGGUAGAGGAUGGGUGGGAUAUAUCUGAGGUGCAUGUAUGCUCAUAGAUUGAGGUUGAGAUUGUAAAGCUCGCGAGCAAUGGACGGGCGGGGUUGGGUGUAGUAUAGUAUCGUAUCGUAUCGUAUAAUAAAUAGCCAUCUAGCUAGCUAUCUCUCUGGCACUUCCCUCUCAAUAACCAUGACUGACGCUGCAUUCGACACUGACGAAGACCUUCUGAUCGGUGUGCGGCGCCAACAACGUCAUAACCUCGACUUGCAGGUAUGGUUUUUUUUUUUUUUUUUUUUUU